AGCAAGACGGACACUUGGGCAACUUGUCGCUCCUCUGUUCGGGUCUAUUUGAACCAAGUGGUAGUCGCAAAAGUCAACUUUGAAGCGCGGCCGCCGUUCGACCGCAGGCUAGGUUCGGUUCGGUUCGGCUUGGCUCGACGACGGAGCCGAAAGUGUCAGGAGUGGGGCGAGAGUUGUGUCGUCACGCCGUCGCGAGCUCCGCCGCCGCCUUUCCUCGACUCGGGGGGCAACUUUGGACGCCCCCCCCCCCUUUCCACCCCAGCUGGUCUAGUGAAAGUGCAUCCCGAAUGUUAGCCGUUAGCCGGCUAGCUUCUGGCUGAAGAGAAGGCUAACUUGUUUAGCUUGCCCGAGCCGCUCCGGUUCUGCUCGGGUUGUCUUGCCCGGCCGAGUUUGCGGGCUCGCUCGAGUGCUUGUCGUCCGCCGCCGCCGCCGCCGCCUCCCCCUCCUGAAAGUCAGCGUUUGACGACGCUAAGCUAGCAUCAGACGCCGGGGUCAUCCGAGGUCUGCAACGAGCCCCCGGAAAAGCCCCGGUCAGCUGACAUUCCACGGCCGGCGCCAAUGCGAAGCGGGGCCCGGGCCGCCGCUCGACCGCCCCCGCCCUCUUUGUCGCACUCGGGACCCUCCCCGGCCCGGCCGUCGCAGUCCAUGAGAAGCGCUCGAGCGGCGCGCCUCGCCGACGCCGGUCCCUCCUGGUCAUCGCCCUGAAGGUCGCUAUGCCCGCUCGCAGAAAGUCCUCCGCCCCCUGCGUGGUCCAAUUGCUCGGACCGAGUGAGCCCGAGGCGGUGCCGGACGUGGACAUUUUCGACGUGGAAAUGUUGUGGCAGGACAGUCCGACGGACGGAACCGAGCCUGACGCGAACAGCGAUGGCCCGCAGAAUGCCCAUCGUCCGGACCAGGAAAACCUCCGCCCUGAGCCAUUGGAGGAAGAGCGGUCAAGCGAACGAGGCGAGCGGGGAAAGGACGUGGCGCCCUCUGAGCGCGAGGCUCAGCAGAAGGAGUCCAAAGGCUACGAGUGCAAGUGUUGCCCGUUCCGCUGUCCGAACCUGACAGACUUGAAAGAGCACGUGGACUCCAGCCACCCCAACGUGAUUCUCAAUCCGCUGUACCGCUGCGCUGCCUGCGACUUUGACGCCAAAAAGUUUGAGCUUCUCACAGAGCACAACGAGAGCCUUCACCCCCACGAGAGCAACUUCAAAUUCAAGAGGAUCGAGAGGAACAACCGGACCGUCUUGGAGCAGACGAUCCGAUCGCAGGGCCGUCCCGGUCCCGAAGAACGCGGCGCACGUGAGGCUUCGGCAUUCCCGCCUUGCUUCUUUACUGCGGCGAAGUCGCCCGACCCCAUCGAGGGUCUCUGUGGCGGCGGCCGAGGCUCAGAGCGGCAGGAUCGGAUCGCCGCGCUCAACAUCAACGGCACCGUCAUCAUUCCCGAGCCCUCCGUUCUCCAAGACCCGUCCCACGUCACCCCUGUGCUCCGGCGCCCGCCCAACUACCACUGCCAACCCAAAAUAGCCGUUCCUCUGAACAGCAGCAAAUAUAACCCGUCCUUGGACCACAACCCGACUCUGAUGGCCUCCUUCCACAAGUUCCCCUACCCGACGCACUCCGAGCUGUCCUGGCUGACGGCCGCUUCCAAGCACCCGGAGGAGCAAAUCAAAGUUUGGUUCACCACCCAGCGACUCAAGCACGGAAUCACGUGGUCCCCGGAGGAGGUGGAGGAGGCCAGGAAGAAGAUGUUCAACGGUUCCGUACCGGCGGCCCAUCACACGCUCGCGACCCGGCCGACCCCCGCCGAGCAUCGCUUCCAAAGUGUCGCAUCAGCUCCAAACCCGGCUGCCGGAGUCUCCGCGGGCCCCGCUCACGCGCCGAAACGAUCCCUGGUGGCUCACGGCGGUCCUGAGUCCAAGCGAGCCGUCAUGGCGGUGGCCCCCAGUCAAGGAGACCCCAAAGACAAGGCGCCCAACGCUCCCUCUCAACCGGAGUGCCGUUCCUCGGCCGCACCGGGAGGAGUUCCCCCUUUCGCAACGGAGAUGAAGUCGCCCGCCGUUGUGCCUGUAGUGGCCUCGUCCUCGUCGUUGUCGUGCGCCAAGGGGAAGCUUCCCUCUUUGCUAGGAAACCCCAAAACCAAACCGGUGGUCUCGCUGCCCUCCAUGGUCUUUCCCGAGUCCUUAACGAGGCCGACCAUCGCGCCGCCCCCCGUCUUUGCCCCGCCGUUUAAAAGCUCAUUACUUCUGCCCCGACUUUCCAAAGAGAAGCUUUGUAGCCCUCUGCCGGCCGCUAAUGUGACCUUCCCCGAUUUGCCUUCGCCCGUCAGCCCUGCGGUCAGGAGGCCCGCCGUCAUCCGGCCAGCACCCGCUCCGGCCAAGGUCCCCGCCGGCAUUGCACGAGAAGAAGAGCGCAGCGCCGGCGAGGCGGGCGCUUUGCACGCGGCCGCCGACGGCAUGGGUGGGACGCCCUCUGAGGAGGUGGCGCUCGGGAUGGCGGAGGGCGGCGAGCUUCCGGUUGUCGAUUCGCAGCGGCGCUCCCCGACGCUCACGCAGUUCCCGCUGCUGGAAAGGAUGCGGGGCAAGACGGCGGAGCAGCUGAAGAUCCUGGAAGAGCAUUUCCUGAGGAACGGCUUUCUCUCGCAAAGCGACGUGGACCGGCUGGCCCUCGCCGCCGGUCUGUCCCGUCGGGAAAUCGACGGCUGGUUUGCGGAGCGCCGGGCCCUGCGGGAUAACUUGGAACUGGCCCUCCUCAACUCGAUGGGAGCAAAGAAGACCGAGGCCGAUAAAGACGCAACUCCGCCCCUUAAUGGGAUUCACCAGCCGAGCUUGAGCGCGCCGGGUGGCAAAAGUGGCUCCGGGCCGCCGCCCCGCUCCGUUCAAAGUUCCCACUCGCCGGCGCUUCUGAAGGAGCGUUUUGCUCAAACCGAAGGGGUCGCCACUCUGUCGGAGGUUUGGCCCGGAUUGGCCGGUGUGGAUGUGGCGCGCUGGUUCUGCGACCGCCGUUCCACACCGCAUGCGCAACUUUUCCAUCGUGGCGGAGGCGCGGGGCCCCCGGAGAAAAGUGCCGCGUCGAGCCCCGGCGAGCGCUGCCGGGAAGGCGGCGCCGAGCGUCUGGAGGCGGAGCCGGGCUGGGCGCCGCAUGCCGAGCUGCAAGACCGCCUCGCUGGCAGGUGCGAAUGACAACGUUGGUCUUUUUCAUCUCCCGCCGGACACGUCGAGAAGGACGCCGUGUUGCGAUCAUCCCCUCCUCCCUGUCUCCGCUCGCCAAAGGAUGAUUGACAGGAGGCGCGUCCCCACAACGAUUGCUACGCUUAGCUGGUGCGGCUAACGCGCGCUAACGCCUUCUCUCAGGUUGUCUUGCUUUCAUGGGUGGGGUUGGCAGCCAUUUUGAUUCCCCAUGUGCUGAUUGAUGCUGACUUUGGGACUUUUUUGGGGGGGGGGGGUCGUCAUCAUGGAGAAUGAACGACAACACCAUUGGCAAUUCCCCCUUUCUACUUGCUGGAAGUCGCCACUCACGUGUGUGUGUGGGUGUGUGUCAUUGUGAGAAAUUCUUUUGUUUUCCACUGGCCUGCAUCCACUGGUUUGCAAACAAAAGAAUGCUGCACACACACUGCUUGGCAACACUUGAGUCAGUUGUGAGCGGUGCCUGGACUUUCGUCUGCCACUCCCCUGCUGAGAAAGGGGUGGGGGGGGGGGGGUUCCUCCACACAAGAUCAGACGAAAGAAAAAAAGGAAAGGACUUUUUUGAAGGGUGCAUCGGUGAAAUGCUGUUUGGUUGUCACGUUUGGGCCAUCCAGCUUGCCGCUGUGUCCUCACGCGACAUGUCACGUGUGGUGUCCAUGCUCCACUUGUUUGCUUUGCUGCCACUUGAGAACAUCCUCGACAAGCGGCCCAAAGGACACCUGAAAAAGGUCCUUCUGCUUCAACCGCACAAGUCCGCACACCGCACGUACUUUGGCGUCGGGAUGCACCGAUAGCCAUACGUCUGCGCCGGUACCGCGACAACCAUACUGCUUGACCAAGCCGCCGUCUUAUAUUCCGCCUGCUUGGAGCAUGCGCUGUGGCACGUAUUUCAUUUCUGUCUUUGAAAAGUCCGCUAGCGCCGCAGAGAACGGAUGCGUUUUUGUCUUUUGAUGUGGACCAUUUGAAAAGCCGAGUAGCAAACCUUUUUCAAUGAGCUUUUCAUUUAGCUUCAAGCGUUUAGCCUCCGACCGUCGCAAUAUGAUGGCGGUGCGUUGAUUCAUGAAGUGCAUCUUUGUCACUGUUGCGACACGUAAUGUGACGGCAAUUUGCUCUCACCGCGCACUAAAUUCGAGGACAAAUAGCGGUUGUCAUCUUCGCCCUCCCCAAGAAGGGAUAUCGGUGCAUCCCUACUUUUGUGUCCUUUGACUCGAUGAAUGUCAAAUUCCCCUCAGUUGCCGUCACGCGUCGGCUUGACUUUCUGAUGGGACGCCAUGAAUGUUGAUGCUAAGUUAACGCACACGUGCUAAUUAGCACCUGAUUCCUAUCAGCUAGCUUUUGGACCAGGCCACGCCCAUUCCUCUCACAGCACGCAGACACUCCGCUGCUUCUAUGAGCCAACCUUUUUGUCUCAGACAUCACUUUUGGCUCACGUUUGUGUUUUCGGGUCAGAGUCAUGUGAUGUCCUUCAAUAAAGCGCUUUUUACACCGCCA